UCUAGAUCCGAAAAUGCUUAUCAAACCUAUUGAUAAGUAAUUCAAAUCUUGAAAUCCAAAAUCAAUAGAAAAGUUAGGCAGGGAGGCAGGAGGUUAUUCCGAUCAGAAUGAAGGGAGCUAUAGCAGUCUCUAUUGUGGCAACCCUAGGAAAUAUGAUACAGGGAUGGGAUAGUGCAGUCAUUGCUGGCACCGUCAUUUACAUAAGACAGGAGUUCCUUUUAAAGACUCAAAUGGAAGGGCUAGUAAUAGCCAUAGCUCUCAUUGGGGGCAUACUAAGCACAACCAUCUCCGGCGGUGUCUCUGAUCGGAUCGGCCGACGUCCCAUGCUUUUAAUUUCCUCGGUGUUGUAUCUUGUUAGCGGCCUAAUAAUGUCCUGGUCUCCAAAUGUUUAUGUUCUUCUGUUAGCUAGACUGCUCAACGGGUUUGGUACUGGUUUCGUGGUUACUCUUGUCCCCAUUUACAUCUCCGAAACGGCGCCGUCCGAUAUCAGGGGAUCACUGAAUACAUUGCCACAGUUUAUGGGAUCCAGCGGGAUGUGUUUGUCGUCUUCGAUGGUGUUUGGGGUGUCAUUGACGGCGUCUUUCAGCUGGAGAUUGAUGCUGGCAAUUCUUUGUCUGCCAUCGUUUUUGUACUUCGCUUUGAUUGUGUUUUACUUGCCUGAAUCUCCAAGAUGGCUCGUGAGCAAGGGAAGAAUAGAUGAGGCCAAACAAGUCUUGAAGACACUCCGGGGCAUCACUGAUGAUAAUGUGCUUAUGGCGGAGUUGGCCUUGCUGGUUGAGGGUCUUAAACCUGGAGGAAAAUCAUCCGUGGAGGAAUACGUAAUAGCCCCCGCUAAUGACAUCUUGAAUCCUAAUCGGGAACCAAACAAUGGAGGAAAUGAUCAAAUAAGAAUCUACGGCCCUGAUAGCGGUCAAUCAUGGGUGGCCAAACCUGUAGGCAAAGGACGAAGUCUCUUGUUGACUUCUCAUCAAGGAAGCAGCCUCACUCUUGAGGUGGAUCCUUUAGUCGCUCUCUUCGGCAGCAUACAUGAGAAAGUCCCCGAGAGUAGUACCCUAGGAAGCAACAUUUUCUCCGGAGCGGAUCAACAACCUCAUCAUGAGCACUGGGAUGAGGAGAAUCAACCAAUUGAUGACAGUGAUGACUAUGAAGUAGAUACAGAAGGAGUGGAAGAGGAUUUGAGAAGCCCAUUGCUGUCCCAUGACCAAAGAUCAAGCCCGCGAGGAAGUCAAGUGCUAGGAGUAAGACGAAACAGCAGCCUUUGCAUAGAAGGGAAUAAUAAUGCAGGUGAAGUAGUGAGCCACAGUGCGAACAUAGGAGCCGGUUGGCAAAUAGCGUGGAGGUGGAGCGAGCGAGUAGGCGAAGAUGGGAACAAGGAAGGAGAGCUGCAAAGAAUCUUUCUGCGCCAGGAGGCCAUAACGGCGCCCUCUCGUAACGGAUCGAUCAUCUCAGUCCCAGCUGCAGUUCCGGAAGAGAGUGAAGUAGUGGUUCCGGUGGCUGCCUUAGUUAGUCAUUCGGCUAUUGGUCCCCAAGGACCAAUCAAAAUGUGUCCUCAAGAAGAUGGUGGGAUAGAACCGGUUCUCAAUAUGGAAUCGCAGAAAGAUGUUGUUAAAGCGGUGAGUUGGAGUGAUCUUAUGGAGCCAGGAGUACGGCGGGCUUUGGCUGUUGGAAUUGGACUUCAGAUUUUUCAGCAGAUGUCUGGCAUAAAUGGAGUUCUGUACUACGCUCCGCAAAUUCUAGAGGAAGCAGGCGUAGCCGUACUUCUAACAAAUAUGGGGAUGAAUCUCAUUUCUGCGUCUUUGCUUUUAAAUUCAAUAAUAACGUUCUUGAUGCUUCCUGCCAUUGUUGUUUGCAUGCGGUUGAUGGAUAUAUCUGGUAGAAGGGCAUUGCUACUCUACACCGUACCUGUGCUUAUAGUGUCUCUUAGUUUACUAGUGAUUAGCAGCUUUUUCAAGUUGGGGACUAUCAUGACUGCAAUAAUCUCCACUCCAAGUGUUGUAAUCUACUUAUGUUCGUUCGUGAUGGCUUUUGGUUCAAUUCCAAACACCCUAUGCUCAGAGAUAUUCCCUACUCGUGUGCGGGGCUUAUGUAUUACUAUAUGUGCAACGACAUAUUGGUGUGCAAAUAUUCUCAUAACUUAUUCGUUUCCCAUUCUCUUCGAAUGGAUUGGGCUCGCUGGAGUGUUUAGCAUUUAUGCUGUUGGUUGCAUCCUCGCAUGGGUAUUCGUUUAUCUCAAGGUUCCUGAGACAAAGGGCAUGCCAUUAGAAGUUAUUUCUGAGUAUUUUGCACUUGGUACUAUCAAAUCGGCCGAACCUGUUGAGAUUACCGCCGCCGCUUCCGCCAACGAAAGCACGCAAAAUUGACUAUGCAUGUCCCUUUCGAACAAUAUUAGUAUUUUGUGUUUUUGUUCUUGUAACAUUGGAUCAAAUUACAUUUUUGAGGUAACUGUGUUACUUUUUUCACUUGGCACAUGUUUUAAGACAAUUAAUGCAUGCAUUGCUUAAUUAGGUGUUACUGUCCAAUAAUAUUUAUUUUGC